CCCACUGCUGACACAAUGGCCGUGCUGUCAUAUCCUCAUGAGGACGUUCUGGCUCAUUCAAGUUAUUUGGCUUAGAUUCUUUUAAAAUCACUAAUUGUGCUUUACUCACAUUUGAGAUUUAAACAGUGAUCUGUUAUGCAUGUGAGGGUUUGAUGCCCCUCCUACGUUACCUUCUUUUUCCUCAGGUACAGUGCUCGGGGAGUACAGUCUGUUACUGGAGUCUUCACAUGGGAGAACGAGAAAGGUGGAGUCAUGUUGCACAGGGAUAAAGGAGGGAGACAGGCUCGUGGACUGUGCAGCAGACAAUGGAGAUUUAAUGCAGCUGGUUGGAUCUGAAAAUCCUCGCGCCUCUCUCACCAGGACUGCUCGUUAGCUUCCAGAUUCAGCAGGAAGAUCAGUAAAACUUUGCAGAUUUAAUGCAGCUGGUUGGAUCCGAACAUCCUCGCGCCUCUUUCACCAGGACUGCUCGUUAGCUUCCAGAUUCAGCAGGAAGAUCAGCAGCAAACAGGAGUCUGCAAGCGUCCAAGUCUUCAUCAACAUCAUGGUCAAUGAAAGUGCUGAAUCUGGCUUCACAUGGGAGGUGAGAGCAAACAGCCGCCACUACCACAAACCAAAACAGAAGAAAUCCUUUCUGUGCUUCCGUUGGGGGAGAUCCGCUGACAAUGUGGUGCGCAGCUACAAGUACACCCCUUUGACGUUCCUGCCCCUGACGCUAUUUGAACAGUUCCAGCGAGCAGCCAAUGUCUAUUAUCUCCUCAUCUUGGUGUUGCAGUGUGUCCCUGCCAUCUCAUCAGUACCAUGGUACAUCACCAUCAUCCCGCUGAUCUCCAUUCUCUCACUGAGAGGGCUGAAAGACCUCAGCAACGACAUGGCAAGAAGACGCAGUGACUCUGAGAUUAACUCCAGACCCUGUGACAUUCUCAUUUCCCAAAGUUUUCAAAUGAAGAAGUGGAAAGACGUGUGUGUGGGGGAUGUGCUGCGGAUCCACAAAGACCAAGUCUUCCCAGCCGAUCUUCUUCUUUUAUGUAGCUCAGAGCCUCACAGUCUGUGUUACGUGGAGACGGCUGAUAUAGAUGGAGAAACCAACCUCAAGUACCGACAGGCGCUCAGCACUACACACGAAGAUCUGACCUCUAAUCCCUCAGAGGAGGCCCUCAGUUCCUUUGAUGGUGUUGUACGCUGUGAGGAACCCAACAACCGCUUGUACACCUUCAGAGGUCAGCUGCAGUGGCGGGGAGAGGGUCUCCUCUUGGACAGCGAGCACAUCCUGCUGAGGGGAACAGUCCUACGCAACACAGGCUUUGCGUAUGGCUUGGCUAUCUACACCGGCGCAGACACGAAGAUCCUGAGGAACAGCGGGAAAGUGAAACUGAAGAGGACUCAGAUGGAAAAAGUUUUUAACAAAGUGGUGAUGGGGAUAGUCCUGUGUGUGCUGCUGGCAGCUCUGUUCCUUGCCAUUGGCAGCGGCGUGUUUUCUGCUCAGCUCAUGAGACAGAAUAGCGUUCUGUCUGCUCUGGUGUUUAACAGCAAUGCUGUCUACACCGGAUUCCUCAUCUACUGGAGCUACAUCAUCCUUCUCAGCCCAGCCAUGCCUAUAGCCCUCUACAUCUCGUUUGAGCUGGUCCACACGGUCCACAGCCUGUUUAUUGGCUGGGAUUUGGAGAUGUAUUGGCAGCAGGCAGACAAACCGGCUCAGGCUAGGAAUACCUCACUGAACGAGGAGCUCGGCCAAGUGGGAUACCUGCUGAGUGACAAAACUGGAACACUAACCCAGAAUCGCCUGCUCGUCAGACAAUGCUGCAUAGCUGGGGAAAUCUAUGGUGAUGCCUCAGUCAGGGCAGAGGAUGUAGAGCCCAUGGAUUUAAGCUGGAAUCCUUUCUCCUGUGGUGGCCUGUUUAUGUCAGCCCCAGCCCUCGUGGACAGACUUAGAGGGAACCAGUGUCCGCUCAGCAGACAGUUCCUUACAGCGCUGGCUUUAUGCCAUACUGUCAUGACAGAGUGGAAGAAACAGACUCCAGUUUACCAGGCUGCGUCCCCAGAUGAGGAAGCACUUGUUGGUGCUGCCAGAGAGCUGGGCUGGGUCUUUCUUUCUAGGGCGAGAGAUUUUAUUGUUGUCUCAGAGCUGGGCAUCACUCGCAGGUAUCAGCUCCUUGCACUGCUGGACUUCACCAGUCAGAGGAGACGCAUGUCUGUAUUGGUGCGGGAGCCAGAAGGUGGAAUAAAGUUGUACUGUAAAGGGGCAGAUAUAGUGAUCCUGGAGAGACUGCAGAAGGACUCUCCACAUCAGGAAAGGACUGAAAGAGCUCUAGAGCUGUUUGCCGAGGCCUGUCUGCGGACACUGUGCGUUGCGGUUCGAUCUGUUCCUGAAGCAUCAUGGGAGCAGUGGAACAAAACUCUGGCUCAGUCUGCCACCAUGGUCACCUGCGACCGUGACGCGCUGCUGGAAAAAUUAUAUGACGAGAUGGAAAUGGACCUGCAGCUGCUGGGGGUGACGGCAAUUGAGGACCGACUUCAGGAUGGAGUGCCUGAAACCAUUGCUCUACUUCAAGAGGCCGGGAUUAAAGUAUGGGUACUGACUGGAGACAAAAAAGAGACUGCAGUGAAUAUUGGAUAUUCUUGCAAACUACUGGAUCCUGAUAGCAGAAUAGUAGAAUGGGACGAGCUGAGACAGAUACUCCAGUCCCCAGAUCCACGGGUCAGUUUCUUUAAGCCCAGACAGACAGAGCUGUGGGCUGUAGACAAGGAGAUGGCUGUAGCAAAGACUUCCGUGGUCCUCACCGGACCUGAGCUGACAGAGUUUGACCAGAGGCCAGAGUGGGGGGCCACAUUCAUGAGCCUGGCAGAACAUUGUCAGUCUGUGCUGUGCUGCCGCGUAACACCUGCACAGAAGGCCGAAAUCGUCACGUUGGUGAGAAAACAUACCAGCUCAGUGACCAUGAGCAUUGGUGAUGGUGCCAAUGAUGUCAAUAUGAUCAAGACGGCUCAUGUUGGUGUGGGUCUGGCAGGAGUGGAGGGAGGUCAGGCGGUGCAGAAUGCAGACUUUGCAUUGGCCCAGUUCAGGUUUCUGCAGCGGCUGCUUCUCGUCCAUGGCCGCUGGUCCUACUGCCGCAUUUCCCUCUUCUUGCGCUAUUUCCUGUUUAAGACCUGCAGUUUUGCCCUUGUGCAUCUAUGGUUUGGUUUCUUCAAUGGCUUCAGUGCUCAGUCUCUGUAUGAAUCAUGGUUCAUCGCUUUAUACACGGUUUUCUACAGUGCAUACCCAAUUCUUUGCCUGGCCUUUUUUGAACAGGAUGUCAGCGCAGAAAAAAGCUUAAAUUUUCCCGAGUUGUACAAGUGUGGACAGAGACAUGAGCUCGUGAGCCCUCUCAAGUUGUCCUUGUCACUCCUGCAUGCUGUGUAUGCAUCGCUCGUUUUCGCCUUCAUCCCGCUUGGCGUUUUCGACAACACGGUCUUUGACUACCAGACGAUGGCGAUCACGGUUUCCAUGGCAGUUACGUUCACUGCCACGAUUGAGAUUAUUCUGCUGACCAGACACUGGACCAAGUUCAACAUAGCAGCUGUAAUUGUCUCCGUGGGGCUGUUCUUCAUCUGUACCAGGAUCACCCACAACCGCUUCCUUUUUGAGCAAUCACCCAAGGAAUAUAUAUUUCUUGGUGCGUCUGAUUACGCCUUCACUGAUCCAGUUGUGUGGCUCACAGCUCUGCUUGUUGCCUGGACAGCUGUUUUGCCCUCAGUGACUGCUCACGCCCUCAGUGUCAUCCUCAACGCCCACGACAAACACAAGGUCCACAGUGUAUCCCAUCAGUCAGUGGAACUGAGGUCUCGUUUCAGAAGGGGGACGCCUCUCCGCCGUUCCUCUUAUGCUGUCUCUCAGGGAGCUGGGUCCGGACGCCACAUCACCUCAGCGACACACAUGAGAAAGUGACUGCAAGUCAUAACUGCGCUGUCUCAAAGGCGAAAAGUGACUGACUGUGUGAAACAUGCGUAAUGGAGAGCUGCAUUAAAAGUUUUUGUAACAGAUAACAUCUAUCGUCUGCUCCUGCAGCAAACUUUUCUGUGUCUUUCAGUGUUUUGCGUAUGGUUCUGUGGGCAGUUCUGUUACACUAUUGUACAGAUACUAUUUCGAAAUAAAGUUAAUGAUAUAAUGUACAAAAUA